CCCCUUCAUCUUUUCCCUUCUUUAUCUCCUCUUAUUUCUCUUAUCUCUCUUCCAGAUCUGAGCUUGGCAGCGAUGGUGGCGGCAGCAAUGGUGGCGACGACGAUGGUAGGGGGCGGCGAUGGUGAGGAUGCGUCCGUGGGCUAUGUUGGUGAUGGUGAGAGUGGAGCGAUUAUGGUGGAGGGGGAUGGUGGAGAUGGUCAGAGAAUGGAUCGACUGGACUCAUGGCCCUUAUCUGUGGAUACUCUCGAGCACACGAGUAGUCAGUCAUCUUCAUUCAUCGUCAUCUUCUUGAUCCACAAGAAAUCGAGAGAGUAUUGGUUCGUCUCUUCCCAUAUGGCAAUGGCAAUUGCUCCCCACUCAGUUGCGGUUUCUCCUGCAUUCAACCCUUCAAAACUCCAUUCAAGAACUUCAAUCCUAACCCCGCCAUUCUCUUCUUCUUCUUCCUCUUCUCCUUCCAAGUCCUUGCUUAAAUUCAAGACUCUAAAUUCCUCGUUUGUUCAGGAACUUUUGCGAACUGGGCAAUCAGGAAAAGUUAAGGCUCAAAUAUCAGAGGCUGCCACUUCAGCUGCAGAUGCAUUUACUAAUUUCAAGCAUCUGCUUUUACCAAUCACAGAUCAUAACCCUUAUCUCUCUGAGGGUACUCGGCAGGCUGCAGCUACUACUGCCGCUUUGGCAAAAAAAUAUGGAGCUGAUAUAACAGUUGUGGUUAUUGAUGAAAAGGACAAAGCGUCUCUGCCCCAUCACGAAACCCAAUUGUCAAGCAUUCGCUGGCAUUUAUCAGAAGGCGGAUACGCGGAGUUCAAACUACUGGAGAGACUAGGGGAAGGGAGCAAGCCAACGGCAAUCAUUGGUGAAGUUGCAGACGAGAUGAACUUGGACCUGGUCGUGCUGAGCAUGGAUGCCAUUCAUUCCAAACAUGUUGACGCAAACCUGCUUGCCGAGUUCAUUCCCUGCCCGGUAUUGCUUUUGCCUCUUUGACAACAAGAACACUUCCCAAUGCAGUUGGUUUUGCCCUUCUCUGUGAAUGCUGUUCUGGGUUCUAAGUUUAUUUGUUAAACUGAGAUUGCAUUGUCAGUGACUAUGUGUAGUAAUGGGCUGUAAUCAAGAUGUUUAUAUGGUAUGAAGGAUAUGCAUUUCAUUAAUGAUUUCUGGAUUUGAUUUCAAUAUUUCAUCCUUGCAAGCAAAACCACAAUAAAUGGUUUUGGGAAUU